AUGACUUGCACAUGUCGCACUUCACUGUAGCCUAUGACUUUCUGUCCCAGGUGAUUUGCUUUAGUAUGAGUCAAUAAUUAUUGCGCUUUAAUGCCAUUUUAUAAAGUUACGAUCGUAUGACUCAAUUAUUAUUGCGCUUUGAUGCCAUUUUAUAGAAUUAUGAGUAAAGAAACGGAGUACUUUAUGACGAGCAAAAACGACACACAAGGAUUCCGACGACGAGCCCCUGUUGGCUCAAUGGCGUCACGGUGCUGGCAAUGACAGUGUUAAAAGAUGGUGCCUCCGCCGUUUAUGUAAAUACGGGUGACAGAAUGAGAGUGGGACUCAAGGCGGGGAGCGUGCUCUCUGAAUGAAGGGAGGGGGCAGCCGUCGUCAUGGCGGUGUCGCUAUACGCUCACAAGAAGGAGGUGUGUAGCUCCACAGUGCAUCUAUCCGAGGGGGGAGAGGCGGUACUCUGCUUACCUUUGGAUGGAAUCAUGUCACCAGCAUCGGUGUAAUACACGAUAAGCGGCUCGAAGGAAGACAGAAAUGGGUGGCCAGAUAACGCGAAAUGCAUUAUACGACUCCCUUGGUGGCCCUUUUCCAUCCACCUCCCAUCGCUGCCACCACAAACCCAAGAGAUGCCUGCCUAUCCAGUGUGGCAGUGUUGGUGCUCCCCUUCCAGUCAGCCCACUUCUUUUCCAUCCGAAUGCUAAGGGUUCUCAAAUUGUCAUGGACCUCGCCCAGAAGACCGUCAAGAGACAGGGUAGUUUCUGCAAUGCCAUCACUUUCAGCAACAGACCUAUAGCUCUGUACGAGCAAGUCCGCCUCAAGAUUACUAAAAAGCAAUGUUGUUGGAGCGGGGCUCUGCGUCUGGGCUUCACCUCCAAAGAUCCCUGCAGGAUAAACCCAGACAACCUGCCAAAGUAUGCCUGUCCGGAUCUGGUGUCCCAAAGUGGCUUCUGGGCAAAGGCUCUUCCCGAAGAGUUUGCAAACGAGGGCAAUGUUAUCACCUUUUGGGUCGACAAGAAGGGCCGUGUUUUCUACCGCAUAAACGAAUCCAGCCCCAUGCUGUUCUUCAGUGGAGUCCGAACAGCUGAUCCCCUCUGGGCUCUAAUUGAUGUUUACGGUCUGACCCGGGCAGUGCAGCUGUUAGACAGCGAGAUUGUCCCUCCUGAAUGCCUACGCCCACGCUCUUUUACGACAGUGCGUUCCUCUUCCCUGCGGCGCGAGACAGACGACUCCCGGCUCUCCGUUAGCCUGUGUGACCUCAAUCUUCAGCAAGAAGAUGGUGGCCCCUCCCACAAUCACUCUCACCGCCACACGCUUCACCUGGCCUCGGCCUCCUCUACCUGUCCCAUCCCCCAGAACUCCCUCAACUCACAGCAGUCCUCUCUUUUACCAGCCGCCCUGGAGAGUGAUCUCCAUUUCCACCAGCUGCGUGGCGCCCACAUUAAGACGUUAGACAAGCAGACGGUGGCAAGAUCAGAGCAUUCACGUGAGGAGCGCACUCUGGUGUUUACAAACCGUCCCCUACGAACUGGAGAGUGUGUGUUUAUCAAAGUCACCAAGUCCAGUCCAGCCCGCUCAGGUUCCCUGUCUUAUGGUGUGACAUCCUGUGACCCGGCCGUUCUGCGCCCCAGUGACCUGCCAUACAAUCCUGAGGCUCUCGUAGACAGGAAGGAGUUUUGGGCAGUAUGCCGCGUGCCCACGCCUCUACAAAGCAGUGACAUCCUUGGAUUCUUGGUCAACCAAGAAGGGGAGGUCAUCCUAAGCCACAAUGGCACCAAUGUCGGCAUGCAAGUGUGUGUGGACAACUCGCGGCCACUCUGGAUGUUCUUUGGUCUUCAUGGUGCUGUAACUCAGCUGAGAAUUCUGGGCUCCACUCAUGUUGGUGAUCCACGGGCCGUGUCGAACCCCAGUUCACCCUCCUCCUCACCGCACACUCCAAGCGCCCUGGGCAGCGGAAGCUCGGAUCCAGUUCUCAGUGGUGGUCUGUGCUCUGCAGCGUACUGCAGCUCAGCAGGGGGAACAACCCCAAAUUCUCCAGUCAGCCUCCCUAAGUCGCCUACGUUCCCAUCAGGUCGUGGGCCCUGGUCUGACGAGUGCUCUAUCUGUUACGAGAACACCGUGGACACGGUCAUCUACGCCUGCGGACACAUGUGUCUUUGUUAUACCUGUGGCCUAAAGCUCAAAAAAAUGUCCAACGCCUGCUGUCCCAUCUGCAGAAGGCAGAUUAAAGACAUCAUCAAGACCUACCGAAGUACAUAAACAAGUGGAAGGGGACGACGGAUGGCACGCCAAUGAAGAUGUUCCCAUGAACUUCUUAUGAUGCAUUCAUUUGGUAUUGUCAUCCAGCCGGGAUCUCAAAUAACGCAGGUACAGUACAACUCCCAUUGGGAUGGUCUCACACAUGGCCAGCGCUUGAAGACACAGAUUUGUGAUUUUAUUGAAAAAGACGCAGGGGUUGUCACCUUUUGGGAUGUCUGGGUAAGUCUUUGAGAAUAGGCGCUAAGUUACCCUCAGCGUGUAAAUGGUGUCGUGUCCGUGGCUUACAGAGCUUGUCGGAAAAGACGAGUCAGUCUAGCGUUGCAAUGAUGGACCCUUGUAAUUGUCGUGGUCGUAAUCAAUAAGUGGCGUAUGUAGACACGGUGCUGACUGUAAGUAGGAUUGUAACGCCUCUUGUACUCUAUAUUCUAAUAGACCUUUAUGGUAGUACUACUUCAAAUGUAUCUGGUGGCUAUGUUGUUGUGCUAGCUAGCUGCUUGCUCUGCAAUGUGGUGUAUCUUGCACUGAAAUCGGCUUCCUCACGGAAAUGCCCAGCGACCGUGAGACAAUGAAAACAGACUCAGCAGCUGGUGGUUCGUAAAAACACAAACAGGGAGUAGAUUCUCAGGGCCAGUCGUGUAUUUCCUUUCUUUCUGAAAUAUAAAGACUUAUUUUCCCAAACUAACGGCUGAUGCACUGUGAGUAAUCCUGACAACUUCACAGAUCCUCAGAAAUAGCCCCCGCCGGAACACGUGAAGUCGGGAUUGUUGCCAUGGUAUCAGUUAUGACACAGCCUCCUGCCUUAACCCACAUUCGUUACAAGCAGAUCUACCUGUUAUAUUUCUAUGUGGCAAAUUACCAAAAAAAAACAACAACUAUUCUGUGGCACUGUCACAUUUUUCACUCAGAUGCGAGAAAAAUAAAGCACACAAAAAUGAUCAUGUAUUUUUGUAAAUCCACAUUUCCCAUAUUAUAUGAACGUUUUUUCACCAGCAGCAAAGAUGCUUUAUAGAAAUCAAUUUUAAAAAUCCGCUAUUUUAAAUAUGAAUCGCACCUAUCCCGUGCUUUCAGUGUGAUUCUUUUUUUCCCAUCAUUGCAUCCUAGCUCAUCACCUGCACACAGUAGAUCCCCACUCUUUGAAAGAAUCAGCAAAUUCGACACUGAAACGUUGCUAUUUUGUAUUAAUAUAUACCGUAUUUUCCGGACUAUAAGUCACACUUUUUUUCAUAGGUUGGCUGUUCCUGCGACUUAUACUCCAGAGUGACUUAUAAAUGAAAAAAGUGUUGUGUCUGUGUCUGUUCAUGUUUAUUUGUUGUGUAGCUGAAUAACCAUUGUGUUAGCAUAUCUUAACCCAUUCAGCCUGUUCUCUAUUCUUUUAUUGUAAUGUCUGUUUUGGUCAAGUAGUUUGUAAAAUAAAUUACCUGCAAAAAAUGCGACUUAUACUCCAGUACGACUUAUGUUUUUUCUGCCUAAUUAUGCAUUUUUGGCCUUGUGCGACUCCGGAGCGACUUAUAGUCCAGAAAAUACAGUAACUCGCAAUGAAUGCUGGUCCAUUUCAUGUUGGCGAAGUGUGAGAAUGGCCACCCGGCAUGCCUUGCGGGUUAUAAAUGAUCAUAAAAUAAUAGUUUUAGCAUAAGCCCUCAUUUAUUGUGGUCAAUUGCUACCAGACCCGACCCUUAUGAGUGAAUUUGGAAUAUUUUAGUACUUCCAGUCGAGAAAUCUUUUUUUAACAGCCCUCUAGACAUGAAAUAACACCCCCACAGUCACCUUUACACUCAUGUUACCCAAUAUAGUAGCCAAUAAAGAUGCGAGGGACUACAGUUACUGAAUUUUCUGGACUAUAAGUCGCUCCGGAGUAUAAGUCACACAAGGCCAAAAAUGCAUAAUUAGGUAGAAAAAAAACAUACAUAAGUCGCACUGGAGUAUAAGUCGCAUUUUUUGCGGGUAAUUUAUUUUACAAACUUGUCCAAAACAGACAUUACGUCAUUUUGGAAGGCAAGUUCUAACAAUAAAAGAAUAGAGAACAGGCUGAAUAGGUGUAAGAUAUGCUAACACAAUGGUUAUUCAGUGAAACGAAAAAUAAACAUGAACAGAAAAGGUGUCCAGUGUUUAUGUAACGUAAACAGUUUUUUAUUUUAUAAGUCGCUAUGGAGUAUAAGUCGCAGGAACAGCUAACCUUAUUGUCCGGAAAAUACGGUACAUUAGUAAGCCUCUGUUUUAGUACCUGCAUAGUCUACAAGUGACGGCAGAUGGAAUAGCUCUUGUUGGUUUGUCUGAUGUGACUAUAUAAUACACCGUGUUGGAAAUAUGCGAAUAUGCGGGGAUCUACUCUAUCAACGCUCACCAAUAAAGCAUAGCUUAGUUAGCAUAGAAUAGCAUAGUUUUAUAUGUAAUUGACUGUAUUUAUUUUCCGUCAACAAACGGGGCUCCAAGCUUUGCUGCUAUUGCAUUUGCCAGUUGUCCUUUACCAGCAAGUGCUGACACAUCCCUCCUUAUUUUUAAUCUUGCUACUGCUUGAAGUGUUGAUUCACAUUCGAAUGCUAAUUUAUGUAUUUGGAAAGAGUCAUUUUAUUGAUGUGCUUCAAACAAAAACGUGAUUUCAAUGUGUUUUCUACAAUUUUUUUUGGCACUGUUUCCUUGUUCGUCCCAAUACUGCAUUUGAAAUGUAUUCUAGUUUUUUAAUAGUGCACAGUGUGAAUACAAAUGAUGUUUGACACUUUGCGACAGUGUUGAACACAAUCAGAGUUGCAGGUUGUUGUUGUUGUUGUUGUUGCUGUGUCUCAAUUCACUCACUCCCCUAUGUACACUUUGAAGUGUGUAAGUGCAUUCACAUUCAACCGCUGUAGUUGCCAUCUUGGCUAUGCAGCAGAAGGAAACGGCAGCUGAGGUGGUUGAUCCUGCACAGUCUGGUAUGGUUCCAAUCUGAUCCAAGUGAAUAUACGGCCAGUAUUGAAGGUACCGAUACUGAUAGUAAUAUUUCUUGUUUUAAAAUGUUCAAGGUCAUGAAUGAUUUUGCUGACAAUUAGAUUCAAUAAAACAGUUUGUAGGCACCAAAUUCAGGGGUUUCAUGAGAUAAGACAAUGUGCAAAAUUUUAAAAUAAUCUUUGAAAAAAGACAAUGAAAAUUAUGACUCUCAUAUUUAACCGAUUUUGUCUUUCAUCUUUUUCAUCCUAAUUGCCACAACCUUGCAUUACUCCUUACAAGACUCCCUUGCCCCACUGCUGUGGGUGUAUGCGUAUGGCCCCGCCUCCUCCCACGAGACAAAGCGAUGUUUCUCUAUGAAGCGCCUAAGUGCUAACCGAUAUCUUCAGGCCAUUUUUGGAAGCAAGAGACAAGGAAAACAAAUAAGUGUGCAUAUGGCAAUCUAUGGAAACCGGCAAAAUUAUCCAAUUCAUUUUUACUUAUUGUGUGAUUUAUUUAUUAUUGCGAAAUCUUGUCACAUUUGAAUCCUGCAACGUUUUGCAACACAAGAUUUUGCCACACACCUGCAACAUAUUUUUCAUCAACAAGCCUAUUUGUGAACAAUUCAUGUACAAUCAACAAUUACACAACCCUUACUCCCUUGUAUUUCUACAAAUUGAACACAAGUAAUAACUGCUAUAUAUGACUGGAAAGGUUAGGCAACGGUUUUUGGCAACGUAAUUGGCAACCAAAAGUUAAAAAUAGCCAGACAGACCUGUUGAAAAUGACACAUUGUACAAGGUACACAGUGCACAUGGAAGUGUACUGAGGGAAGUACUGGAUCUGAGACACAUCCUCUUGCGUGGGAACUCAUCUUAGAGCUGUUCUGUUGUGAGAAAACCAUCAGGGCGGUGAUAAAUGUCACUUUAUUCAGCAGCUGAUUGUAAACUUUUAAGUAUUUUUCAGUCAUGGCAUGUUUUUUUAUGCACUCUCUGACCAAAUCCAGUCUUUUUUAACUUCAUUUACAUCCAAAAAAAAGUCACCGUUGCAUUCAAACAACUGAAAAAGGCUCCUUGAAUGUCGAUGACCCUGUAAUGUGCUUAUCAUCCAUCACAGAUGGAGGGCUACAUCCGGUUGCUUUUCUUUUUUUUUGCGUGAGUUUGCGGUCUUCGACUGUACUUUGCCACGCGGUGGAUUAGUGGUUAACAUGUUGGAGGGUUUGGAAUUAAACUGAAUGAAUGAGAUUGUCAACAUAGCAUUUGCGUCAUGCAUGACUGAUGUGUUUACCUUAUGUGAACAUCGGGACCAACCAUUUAUGAGCACAGGAAGUGUGUGUUUUGCCACCUCUUAUCAUUUUUUAUUGCAAACAUUGUAAACUAUAUUCAGUGAGUCAGAUGAUUGUGGUAAAUAAACUUUCCAUGUGUUUCAAUAAGAGUGUACUUUGGCUUAUCUUCCCGUCUUUGUCACUUUUCAUUACAACUUCAAAUAAUAAUGGAAUCCUGGACAUUUUAGUGUUUAAGUGUUUCUGAUCUGUAAAAGGAUUUACAGUGGAAAUUAUUAAGAAAAUAACAUGAAAUAUAUAUACCAUGGCCAACUGGAUUCGUAAUGAUACUAAUGUUUGUUGACUUGUUAUUCACAAAAAUCGCAUUUCCCUUCAGGGUGUUUUUUAUAAUUUUUUUUUUAUUUUAGUGAAUUAAGCUUCAUAGCUUUUGAAGACACAACAAAUCCGUUGGCGUGUUCCAAUCUCCACAGCAUCUUGUCUUGUUGUCUUUCAGUUCCUCUAUUUUUUCAUAUUCCAGACCAUCGUAUUCAGAAUUAUUCCAUUAUUUGGAUCAGUGUAAUAUUUUGUACAACCUGUUGGAAAUCUGUUCUGUAUUUCUUUUCCAAGUGUUCUGUCAAUUUUUUGCGUAUUUUUACAUGCAUACAUGUGUUAUAUUGUCCCCAUAAAUAUAGUCUAGCACAGGGGUCUCAAACUCAAUUUACCUGGGGGCCACUGGAGCUAGGGUCUGGGUGAGGCUGGGCCGCAUCAGGUUUUCCCAAAAAAAAAUAAAACGCAUUUAUUAAAAACAGAAAAAUGAAUAAACUUUGCUUUGGUUCCGAUUUUCUACAAGAAAAGCUCUGAUAAAACAUUCCACUGUUCUCAAAUAUCUUCAUUUUUUAUUUUUCUACACAAAAUAAGAUGAAGAAUAAAGAAAAGCAAUCAGUAAUAAAUAAAUAUAAUAAUAAAACGGCAAAUAAUUAAAACUUAAGAAACCACAUAUUGUUGGUGGGUAGACAAAUUAUUUUUUUUCAGAUUAAAAUUAACAAAGCAUUAUUAGAGCCCUGUAGACAUGACAAAACAUGACUAUAGUCACAUUUAUACUUUUUUAUUUACAACAUAUUGCGCAACUGCAGGGUCUUGAGACACAUGCUAACUCGCAAACUAGAGAGCUAGCAACCUAAACGGUAACCUUCAAGUUAUUUCCUUUAAACUUUAAUAGCCAAAACUUACCACUUCCACACGGAUAGGGAGGAUAACUAUUAACAGUUAUUUAACCUUUAACAUGAACAUUAAUCAAACGUAAUAAUUUUUUCUGGGUACAUGAUACCAUACAGCAUCCAUAUCAAACUUCCGUGGGCCGCACUAACAUUAAACUUUCAUGAGGGGGCCUCAAACUAGUGUCAGCGUGUUUGAGACCCCUGGUCUAGCAUCUCGGUUAGCAACUAGCAUCUUGGGUUAGUGUUUUUGAAGCAAAACAAGGGGGCCGUUCAAGAUGGCGCGGACAGAAAAGGUAACGAUCGUUACCGGAUUCCCAAACUUCCUGUAUGAUGACACUGUUCAUCAGUUUCAUCUACAGGUCAGAAAUACACGUUAAAAAAUCUAUAUUCAAAGUUUCAAAACUAUUUUUACCAAAAAAUC